AUGUUGUUGAAGAUGUCUCCGCCAUUAUUAUUGACAGCUUUCUUCAUCCUCUCCCUUCUCUGUUCCCCUGCUUCUCCACAACACCCCACCGCCAGUAAAAACAACUCAAGACUCUUGAAGCUUGCCAUUUUCUGGCCAACCUCGCUCUGCAACGGCAAAACCAAGUGCCACAACACUCCUCCCAACCGAUUCACCAUCCACGGGCCCUGGUCCCUCUACAAAGACCCUCCCGGACCCGAGGCCGUUGAUUGGAGCACUUUUCCGGUCGCCACGGAGGACAAGAUGAAGACUGACUGGGCAAGCUACGUCAUCAAUACAAAUCGACAGUUUUGGGAUCACGAGUGGAGCAAACACGGCAGGGUGUCGGGGCUCCAGCCGCCGGCGUACUUCCAACUGGGACUCGCCCUCUUCUACAGAGUGGAUCUUGGAAAUCAUCUGAAGUCGGAAGGAGUGUACCCGACAGGGCAGACAGUGGAAAACAGAGAUUUCAAGGCGGCGGUCUCGAAGGCGGCGGGUGGGAAGACGGUGGUACUGCUGUGCAACAAGGACAAGGAGGGAGUGGCGCAGCUCUUCGAGAUCCGUAUCUGCCUGGACCUUGCAACGCCUGCGCAUGCCUACGUGAAUUGCCGGGGCGGCUUCAAGUUUAAGUGCCCCGACCACUUUCGGUUGACUAAAGCUGCCACCUUCUCUUCUGAUUCUUCCGUCCAUUCUGAGUUAUGA